AUGAGUCCUCCCCCUUUCGAUCGUCGCCCAAAUGUCCACACCCCGGCUUCUCGGCGCACACGGUUACGUAGCGGUCGCCCUUCCGACAAGCCUCAGCACACUAAAAAUAUUAGGGGUCCGCCUUGGCAACUCCCUCCCAACGACCCUCAUAGCGCUCAAGGUCUCUUUCCUCUUGACAAUAGCAACUCAUCACUCGUAUAUGCACCAUCAAACUUGGCGGAAGAGCCGUCAGGAAUACCGAUAACCCCUCCCAUUUGUGAACAGGACACCCACCCACACACCGCCGAAGCCGCCAUCCUAAAUUUGCACGACCGACAGCCAGAUGCCACGACUCCGAAUGCGAGCGAAAUACAAUUGAGUGAACAAGAUGAACGCUUCAUCGGAAACGAAAGCCAUUUCUCCCCUGAGCAGCAGGGCGAGAUCCGUCCCUUCUACAAACAAUAUUACCAGAAUAAUAAUCAGCGCAGCCCUCUGACAGUGGAGGUGUCUGAUGAAACAACAAAGACUGGCAAAGUCCGAGACAAUGCUCGCGUCACAAAGGCUAUAUGCAACUUCUGCGGCAAGCAAAAACCCACCUUGCAAAAGAUGGCCCGUCACCAGAAAAAGUGUCUUGACCUCAAGGGUAAAUAUUAUUGCAAGAAGCUCCAGGGAGAACUGCCAUGUCCUCGAAAGUACCGUGACAAACAGGAGCUUGAUCGUCACGUGAGACGUGAUCACGUAUACCGCAUUAGGAAGCGGAAACCUACUGCAAAUCAGGAAACUCAUUCGAUAUCUGCUGGAGCCGAUUAUGCUUCCUCAGAGGGCCCAUCGUGGACUACUACACGACCAAAGAAGAAGAAAUGCUGUCAAAUUCUCGCCCCAUCCUUGCCGCCUUCCAAAGUUCUGGGAAAGAACGGCGGCAAGUCCUCCCGCAAACCUCGCCCAAGGCCUGCCAUGCGCAAACCCCGGCAUGAUCAGAGACUUGGUUCAGAAGAUCCUUUUGUGGGCGCAGUCUAUCCAGAUGAUGCGCAUCAUGAUCCCCUGGUCCCCGAACAGGUGCCUCUGUGCGGAGAACCAAGUCAAGAUCGGGACUAUGUGUCUUGGGUCAAGAAACAAGCAUCCGAGGAUAGCUUCAUUCCCGGAUACACCAACGGCUGGGAAUUCUGA